CAACAAAUCAUUCUCGAGUUCGUCACAUUGCCAGUCACAAACACCACAAUGGGCAGAAAACGCGCCGAGUCUCCGUCCAAUCUCAAAUUCCAGCAACCCGACCGCAGUGGACCCAAGGAAAAGACCCUGCUGGAGCUGGCCGAGGAAAGGGGGCUCUUUGAGCAGGCGCGCAAGAAGCAGGAGGAAAACGACAAGGCAAAGAAUCCCCCCAAGAUCAAAAAGAUCCCCAUAAAGAAGCCGGAAAAGACGAAAAGCAAGAAAGACGACGACGAUGACGACAACGAACCACUGUCUCCCGGAGCCGAGCGCUUCCUCGACACCACCCUCUACACCGUGAGCUUGGCCAUGCUGCACUUCACCUUGGACGUCUUUGUCCAGAACCAAUAUUCCGCCGAUCGCAUCGUCUGGCCCAAGGUCUGGACGAGGGCAAUCCAAGCCUUGUUGGUCUUCGGCUUCCUCGUCUACACUCUCCACGCCCACUCCUCGAACCCGACCAUCCUUCCUGGCCUACCUGCCCGCUACCAAAACCACCUCCGACAGGUCAUCUUCUUUGUCAUGGGCGUGUGCUCGGGAUGCUACCUGAUCCACAUCACAAACACGUACGGAUACCUGGCCGUCAUGAAGCAAGCGCCACCCGUGGGUUGCUUGUGGGUGUGGUCCGUCAUUGAACUCCAGCUUCCUUGGGCUGUCCUCAGCCUGGCGGUUGCAGGCACAUACCUCAAAGUCAAAGGUUAUGACAUCAAGUGAGGUGGCCUGGUGGUCAGCACGGAAGAACCGGGCCUGAUUCGAGGGGGGAGGGUGUUCUCGAGGCCAAGCAAACGGGUUCGGCAGAGGGAGAUGCGAGGACUGGUGGCGCCAGGGUUGCGUUACGCAAACGGUUCAUACGUGUGAACCAGUCAGCAUCCUAUGCCACGAGGCAGACGCCACAAAGUCUUGUAAGUGGUUGGACAGAGUCCGCUUUCUUUCGGUGAUUGUAGACGACCACAGAAAAGGGCGACGAUAAUGCAGCAACACAACAGGUUCGGGCGCUAAGAUUUUCAUAUAUCCCCUUCAAGCGUACAUUGCUAUGCAUUAUUUGCCUAUCAACCCCCCACCUAUUCACUGCUUAAUGGUAGUCUGACCUGAGGCGGCGGGGUGACACAUGCACGUUCUACAAACUUCUUCAAUAUAACCCGUACACGUCGACCAUUGGCGUGUCUUCCCGGUCCACCAUGUCAGAUAUCGUUGGACCGUAUAUGCAAGCCCAGGAGGAUGAGCGCUGCAAUGCAAAUCCAUUCCCCUCUGUUGACACAGCGUCUCGUGGUAUCGAGGGGUCGUACCCCAGACCACAAGGCUGAGAGGGAUGCUCAACCGGUCUGAGACGGACCGCAAGGGAUGAGAGCCUCUGACGUUCAAAUCACACCCACCAAGCACACGUCCGAGCACAUUUGAGAAAUACGAAAAAAGGGGCACUAGAUGUCAGCUCUGACAGGCGCUUUGGGCAUCCUUCUGGACGAUCAUCUGAAGUGGGCUUGUGAGAUUGGUCUCGCCGCUCGGACUACCUGUUCUGGCAAGUUGAAGUGGCAGAGCAACACUGUCGUAGACCUGCUUGCCUUCUCGCGAGGAGACUGUAGACUAGUCGAUGUAUUGUAUAUAAGUCCCGGUCGGUUUCUGUGUCCGUUCAAGAUGAAGUCCGGCUUCCUUUUGUGGUAUGAGUCCUGUUCAUUAGGUAUUUGUCUUUUGCUACGUUCUGUUACAAUCUUCGAGUGUACCGACUUGGUCUUCCUCUCUUCGACUACGAUUCCGAUUUCUAUCGGCACCAAUGACUAUUGGUUGGACAAGAUAUUAUU